AUGACUAAUUGUGUUANGUAAUUAAUAUAUUUAUUAAUAUUAGUUUCAUUUCAUAUAGACCAUCUGUGGUAUCUUAAGAUGAUUUUGAUGUUAUUUGUAAAAGAAAUCAAAAUAAUUACAAAAGAAAAAAAUUGAAUUUAUUAUAAAAAGAGAAAAAACAAUUGGAUUUAUAUGCAAAUAUUUAUAAUGAGAAGGAAUUAAAAAAUAAGAAAAAGAAAUGA